UUCUCUCACUAGAAAAUCUGCUCCCCCUCCUCCUCACCACCACCACCGCCGUCUCAUAAUUAUGCAACAAUGCGUAGAUGAUAUAGCUGAUGACCUCGAGGGCCUCAGCUUCGAAUCAUCCACCACCACCACCACCACCACCACUGGUGUUGACACCGAGGCGAGUUCGGGGUCCGAAACCACCACGUGGGCCGCCUCGAGCCUCGGCUCCUCCACCAAGCCCCACACACCCUCUAGUGACCCACGAUGGGACGCGCUCCGCCACGUCCAGUCCGGGACCACCACGCCCGGCAUCCGGGACCUAAGGUUCCUCCAGCGGCUCGGGAGCGGCGACAUCGGCAGCGUGUACCUGGUGGAGCUAAAAGGCGCCGUGGGGUGCGUGUUUGCAGCUAAGGUGAUGGAUAAGAAUGAAUUGGUUAGUAGGAAAAAGGAAGGUAGGGCGAGGAUAGAGAGGGAAAUAUUGGAUUUGUUGGACCACCCAUUUUUGCCCACACUUUAUGCCACGUUGGACUCUCCUAGGUGGUCUUGCUUGUUGACUGAGUUCUGUCCAGGCGGGGACCUCCACGUUCUCCGGCAACGGCAGCCGGAAAGAAGGUUUGAUGAACCUACUGUCCGGUUCUAUGCAUCAGAAGUGGUAGCUGCUCUAGAAUACCUUCACAUGAUGGGAAUAAUCUACCGUGAUUUGAAGCCCGAAAAUGUGCUUGUAAGAUCAGACGGUCACAUAAUGUUGACGGAUUUUGAUCUCUCACUAAAAUGUGACAGUUCUACAUCAUUGGCUCAGGUUGUUUUUGAUCAAUACCCGCUUGUUAGAAGUCCAUCUAAUGACUACCCUAAUGACCAAGCUCCACCUGCCACAUCAUCAUGCAUCAUCCCGAAUUGUAUUGUGCCAGCUGUUUCGUGCUUUCACCCAAAACGUAAGCGUCGGAGGAGGCUCGGCCAUCGCGGGGCCCUCGAGAUAGUAUUGGAGCCUAUUGACGCUCGAUCGAUGUCAUUUGUGGGGACGUUCGAAUAUUUGGCUCCGGAGAUUGUUUCGAACGAAGGACAUGGCAAUGCAGUGGACUGGUGGACCUUAGGAAUCUUUCUUUUCGAAUUGUUUUAUGGUGUGACACCAUUCAAGGGAAUCGACAAUGAGCUAACCCUAGCCAACAUUGUGGCUCGGGCCCUUGAAUUUCCCAAGGACCCACCCGUGGCAGGUCCCGCUAGAGAUUUGAUCGGUCAACUCUUGGUCAAGGAUCCAACGAAGCGAAUGGGAUCCAUAAUGGGUGCCACGGCGAUCAAGCGCCACCCUUUCUUCAACGGAGUCAAUUGGGCACUGCUGAGAUGCACAACCCCUCCUUACACUCCCCGACCAGUCUCUUUCCGAGACAUUGGCUUGGGUGAUGAUAAUUGUGAUUCUUCAGUGGAGUAUUAUUAAAAAGUUGAGGCAUAAGUUGUGAUGUACAC